GUAUACAUGUUGCUUUACACUCAUGGGUAUCCUCUUAGUGCAAUACGAUACGUUACCCUUAUCAAAUACACCUGUGCUCCUACCUGAAACUAGAAAAUAUCAGUCAUCUACUUCAGCCGAUUCCCAAAAGACCGAAUGUAGACAAAAGUUCUAGUGUCUGUGAUCUGGCUGCUGGAAACGAUCAUCAAAGUCUUUCCGUUCCAUGGUUUUUGGGCUGGUGCUACUCAGCACAGAUCUAACCUAUCUUGGGUUGUUGCAGUCAGCAUUGGUUGGCAACAGUCAGUUCCUGACCCUCUGUGGUCAUAUAUAUACUGCCCUGGCGCCACUUACUGGACUUGUCUUGUCACUAACCCACGGUUUCUUCUACGGGCUGUGAGGAGAUCAAUGAUCGUCCCUGUGUUGGUUAUUAUGCUUUUGUUGGUGCAGUUUGCAAUGGUGACUUACGGGGGUGCAUAUGGCUUGGUUCCUGACACAGAUGUUGACCACCACAUGGCAUUUGAAGUCCCAGUCUGGCUAGUCGGCAGCCUUGUGUGCGACUCAGUCAUGACCGUGUACAUGACGCUCAGUCUCAUGCAAUGCAAUGAAAAAUCGAGUUUUAAAGCGCACAAUUCAUUGUUCGUGAAGCUUGUCAAAUUGACCAUCGAGACUGGGCUAGUACCUACGACCGCUGCGCUCAUAGAGCUGGUGCUUGCCGUUACACUUCGAGUAACGAUAUACCAUAUUGCAUUUCGGACGUGACUUGGUCUUACCUUCGGUCUACCGAUGAAUCCAGCACUAACACGAUUAGCUAUACAUUCGAGUGCUCGUUCAAGAAGUGUGACGCCCUUGAGACAUUCUGCCAAUGUGCACCCCAAGGUUGAGACCGCGAUAGAGAUGGAUCUGUACCACCCGAUAAGUUAUUUCCUCACCACGGAAUGACUGACUCGUUAUCUUGAUACAAGGAUGAAAAAGAAUUUGUAUA